CACCUCAGUACCUAAGAUCAUCAGAUUUGGGUAAGAAUUACGAUGAGAACCACAGCUUGUUCUUCCAUUCAGCUCAGUACCCAUUCCUCUACCACAUUAUGUCCAAAAAUCGCUGCUCAGCACUGCCCAACAAUUUUUAAUAUGCCCCUUCGCAGUGCCUCAUCACGCCAUUUAAAAAUUUUUUUCUGCUCACCCCUUCUAUGCCCGCUAUAACGAUUCACAAGCAUUUGUUCCUCUCUUCCCUCAGAAACACGUACACAGAAGCAUCGCUGAACGAUUUGCUCUUCACGUACGGCAUUGAGCUGGAGGAAACCGUGGUGGAAAAUGGCAGCGAAUAUUUAAAACUGGACAUUCCGGCGAACCGUUACGAUUUGCUGUGCCUGGAGGGCAUGAUAACCGCCAUGCAAUACUACGAGGCAAACAAUCGCCCGAACUGGCCGGUCGUGAACGCAUCUGAUCACCAGGUAAUUGUCGAGAACAGCAUUGAAAGACCGGUUCUUAGCUGUGCGGUGGUGCGCAACAUACAGUUUGAUGAUGAGAAGUUUCGCAGUUAUAUUAACUACCAGGACAGCCUGAACAGGAACAUCGGACGAAAUAGGAGAUGCAUGGCGAUGGGCACGCACGACUACGACAAGAUCAAGUUUCCGGUGUAUUAUAGGCGGGGAGAGAAAAAGAAUUUGUGGAUUACGCCUUUGAACGGCAGGGGGGUCAGUGAGGCAGUAAACGAAGGAGCGGCUGGGGGUGUGGAAGAGUCCGAUGAACACGACUGCACCGCUGCACCCGUAUAUGACCAAAAUGGUGAGAUUGCAGAGCGGAACGCAAUCUUUCCCAAGAUAACCAUCGAGGCACUUGAAAAGGCCAUAAAGAAGAACCGGGUGCUUUCAAGGUACAUCACACCGAGCACGACCACCUCAUACUUCGUGGACAGCAACGAUGUCAUAAUUUCUUACCCGCCCGUCCUUAACUCGGAUGAAACUAAGAUCAGCAGGGAAACGAAAAACGUGUUCAUUGAUAUGACCGGGUAUGACAGGGCCAAGAUUGAUGACACGAUGAGGUAUUUGAUACACAACUUCGGUGGGGAAAGGAUCGAAGAGGUGCACAUCGUUUACAAGUGCAAUGACGAGGAGGACCAGGGAGAGGACGGAGAGAAAGUGGCCGGCAGGGAGAGCGUGCCAAGCACGCUUAUCACGCCAUUGAUGGACAAAAAGACGUAUGUGCUCACGAAGGAGCAGGUGAACAAGGAGCUGAGGCUGAAUCUUACAAAAGAAAUGAUAAAACAUCAUUUGGAGAGGAUGAUGCAUCAGGUAUCGCUCGAAGAGGUUGACAUAAAGGUGGUUGUGCAUCCUGCACGGUGUGAUGUUAUGCACAGCGCUGAUCUGGUUGAGGACAUAGCGGUGAGCUACAACAUAAAUAACUUUGAUAGGCUGAACGUGCCGUUCUUCUGCAUAGGUAAGGAGCUGAUAGCAAAUGUUUUAAGUGACAAGAUCAGGGCAGAAUGCGCUUUUGCAGGGUUCAACGAGGUUGUGAGUCUGUGCUUGCUGAGCAGAGAGGAGAACAACAUCGUGAGGAGAAGGGGCGAUUGUCCUAGCACGUGUGAGGGAGAUGAAAUGGUAGGACAGAUCGGUGGCGGAGAGGGAAUUGAUGAGGAGAGCGAAGAACAGCACGAUGCAGGUGAAACGGUGUCACCUCUGCUCAAGAGCAGGCCGGUCAAAGCCAAAAUUGAGGUGCUCGACAAGGACAGCAACCUGCUCAACAUCAAUUUGUCUCGCCUUGCGCUUGAAAGAGAGAACGGAGGGAAUGUUGAGCUACUCAAUCCGAAGAGCAAGGAGUAUCAGGUGAUGCGCACCUCGUUAAUACCUGGGCUGCUCAAGUUCAUCAAGAAGAACGCGUAUCACAAGCCGCCUAUACGUAUAUUUGAGGUAGGUGAAGUGUUCAAUAUCAACGGUGAGAGCGACACGGGUGUGAUCAAUUGCAGGCGUAUAGCGGGUGCUGUAGCCGGCACAACGGACGGUCUGUCCGAUCUGAUCGCGCUCAUCAAUCAGGUGCUCACGAAGUGCAAGGUGCACACACGCCUUGUCAAGAAGGAGAAAAGUCUGUUCCUGGAGAAGAGGGGCGGGCGUAUUUUGUGCGAUGACGAUGUUAUUAUUGGUAAUUUCGGGGUGGUGCAUCCCAGGAUAUUGAAAUUUUACGGGAUUGGGUUGGUGUGCAGCAUUUUUGAGAUUGAUUUGGACAAUUUGCUGAAAAUUAUGGUGAGUAAGCGGUGAUCUGCCAUGGUGCGCUUAGGGUGUAGAAUGAUGCGCUUGAGGUGUGGAAUGGUGCGCUUAGGGUGUGGAAUGGUACGUAACUGUGAUCUAAGCACACAGGAGAUCAAAUACCCAACUGUGCUGAAUAAAUUUGUUUUAAGUUACGGUGCUCUCUUCCGUUUUGUUCGCAGCAUCAGCGCUUUCUCCUCGUUUACUCCCCGCAACACGGCGUACCGUACUGCUGCGGUUAUCGCCCUCUACGACAGGAUGCGUAUGAAAGGUACGAACAAGCAUAUUUGUGUGCUUUGGCCAGGCAUUUUCUGCUGAUGUGGUGCCACCUUGUACGGUGAAAGCUUUUAAUUAAAUUUUGCACUUCUAUGAGGAA